AUGAAAAACAUACCGGACUAUUCCCAAGGAAAAACUGAACUUGUGGCUUGGAUGGUUAGUAAUUGUCGCGCUCAACCUCGAAUGGCUUUUGCCGAAAGGCUGAAAAAAUACAUCAAGGUUGAUGUGUUUGGAAGGUGUUCCGGAAAAUUUGGGCAACAGAGAGGUUGUGGAAAUCUAGCUGCUUGCCUUAAAACGUUUAAGUUUUAUCUGGCAUUCGAGAACGUUUUAUGUGAGGAUUACAUCACCGAAAAGUAUUGGGGAAGGCUUGGUAAGUCUUUGUCUUUUCACUGUUUUGAUAGCUGUUUUGAAAACUUGCCAGUCAGGGCAGUCUUGCAAGUAAAC